AAUUGAAAUGGACGAAUAUGAUGGAGAAGAGCUUCAUGUUCUAGCUGUAGAUGAUAGUGUCAUUGAUAGGAAACUUGUUGAGACUUUGCUCAAGAAAUCUUCCUGCAAAGUGACAACAGUAGAAAAUGGGUUGAGGGCACUGGAGUAUCUGGGUUUGGGAGCCGGUGAAGAUCAUGGCUCUGCAUUUAGAAGCCAUGGAGUGAAGGUAAAUUUGAUAAUCAGUGAUUAUAGCAUGCCAGGAAUGACAGGGUACGAGCUGCUUAAGAAAAUUAAGGAAUCAUCUACCAUGAAGGAAAUUCCAGUUGUGAUUGUAUCAUCCGACAACAUCCCAACUCGAAUCAACAAGUGCUUAGAGGAAGGAGCUCAAGAAUUCAUGCUAAAGCCCCUUCAACAGUCAGAUGUAAAGAAAUUGAGAUGUCAUAUGAUGAAUAUCAACAAGUCAUGCAGUGGGAGGUUUUGUCUUGGAAGAUAAAACCUUCCAAUAAACAAAGAAAGAGUCAUGAAAAAUUUACUACUAACAUGACAAGA